AUGGAUACAGAAGAGGAGAAGGAGGACUCGCCAUAUGCCGAAGUGCGAGCCGCUGUCCCCAAUUACGACCAAGAUCUCCCAGCAAAUACUAUUCGGGCAUGGGUGCUCGGACUCAUUCUCUCCGUCUUCGGUGCAGCCGUCAACACACUAUUUUCACUCAGGAACCCUGUAAUUGGUCUGGGGGUCAUUGUUGCUCAGCUUAUGGCCUAUGUUCUCGGGAACACCUGGGCGAGAUUCGUGCCAUCCAAACAACACCAGACAUUUGGGAUCACCUGGAACCUGAACCCCGGCCCAUUUAAUGUGAAGGAACAUGCUAUUAUUGUUGUAAUGGCAAAUGUGUCGUUCGGCACUGCGUAUGCAACCGAUAUUAUACUUGCGCAGAAGGUGUUCUACAAACAAGACUUCGGCAUAGCCUUCCAACUACUUCUAACAAUUACCACCUCAAGCAUUGGAUAUGGCAUCGCUGGCAUCCUCAGACGUUUCCUUGUCUACCCUGCGGCAAUGAUUUGGCCCAGCAACCUUGUCAGUGUCAGUCUCCUUCAUGCUAUGCAUGAGAAAGAUGAAGACCUAGACCCCACGGUCUUUGGAGGUAAUAUGUCAAGGUACAAAUGGUUUGGUAUAGUGUUCUUGGUUUCAUAUUUGUACUACUGGAUUCCGGGUUUCUUCGCGCAGUUUCUUAGCAUCUUCGUUUUCAUCACAUGGAUCUAUCCCCAGAACCCCGUGAUCAAUCAGGUUUUCGGGGGCACAUCAGGACUAGGCCUCCUUCCCCUGACUUUGGACUGGACCACGAUUACGGGAUUCACCGGAAAUCCUAUGAUUCCACCGUGGCAUGCGAUUGGGAACACGUUACUCGGGGUAUUCUUCUUCUACGUCCUCGGAUCUCUUGGGAUCCAUUACAGUGGUGCUUGGUUUGCUAAGUUCUUGCCCAUGAGCGACUCCACGACGUACGACAACAUGGGCCAGAAUUACAACGUAAGUCUUGUCGCGACACCUCAACUUACCCUCAAUGAGGCGGCAUACAAGAAUUACUCUCCAUUGUUUAUGUCGACUACCUUUGCCCUCACUUACGGGCUCUCAUUUGCAACUAUCGCAUCUGUUGUUGUAUAUACCUAUCUAAAUUACGGGCAAGUAAUUGUCAGCCAGUUCCGCCAGGCGAAGACCGAGGACAAAGACGUUCACAUGAAGAUGAUGGAGAAAUACCCCGAAGUGCCUGAGUGGUGGUUUGGUAUUCUAUUCCUCCUCAUGUUUGUGUUGUCAUUGAUUGUCGUUCUGGCAUAUCCGACCGAGUUCGCAUGGUGGGCUUUUCUUAUUUCAAUUGCCUUCGCUACGGUAAUGUCGCUUCCGAUUGGCAUCAUCCAAGCUAUCACCAAUUUGCAAAUUGGGUUGAAUGUUAUUACCGAGUUUAUCAUGGGCUAUAUGCAGCCCGGAAAGCCAUUAGCAUUAAUGAUGUUCAAGACCUACGGAUACAUUACCGCCAGCAGUGCUUUAGGCUUUGUUGGGGAUCUGAAAUUUGGUCAUUAUAUGAAGAUUCCUCCACGCACGAUGUUCACCGCACAGGUCGUUGCGACGACCCUUUCUGCCUUUGUCCAGAUUGGCAUGCUCAAUUUUGCCCUCGAGAAUAUCGAAGGCGUCUGUACUCUCGAACAAAAGCAACGCUUUUCAUGCCCUGGCGGCCGAGUUUUCUUUUCAGCAUCAAUCAUAUGGGGUCUCCUCGGACCUCAGCGAAUGUUCAGCCCUGGGCAAAUAUAUUCUAGCUUGCUUUGGUUCUUCCCCGCCGGAAUUCUUGCAACUAUUAUCGUUCAUUAUGCAGCUAAAAAGAUUCCCAAAUUGAAGUAUGCAAUGACUCCUCUAAUCUUUGGUGGCGGGCAGGCUAUUCCACCUGCCAGUCCCUUGAACUAUUUAACCUGGGGCAUUGUCGGUUGGUUCUUCCAGAAAUAUAUCCGGACAAGGAAUUUCAAGUGGUGGUCAAGAUUGAAUUAUAUCACUGCUGUCGGAUUGGACACUGGCUUGGCAAUUAGUACCUUGACGAUCUUCUUCAUCUUUACUCUUAAUAGGAUUGAUGCGCCUCAGUGGUGGGGUAAUACCGUAAUUUCUGGCACUAUGGAUGCCACGGAUACCGCCAUCCAGGCUCCAGUCCCACCAGGUCAGCCGUUUGGCCCGAAAGUCUGGUAA